AUGUGGCGGUCACAGGGGCUGUUUUUUAUGAUCGCCAUUCUAAUCCAAGCAUGCAAAAGUGAUGUCAAUGUAACUACAGAUGGCAGUAGAAGAGCCAAACUCCUUAUUUAUGGUUCUGAUUACGAUGAUAAACCAAUUAACGGCGAAGAAUUCGACUUUAUCAUAGUUGGUGCAGGAUCAGCGGGAUCUGCGAUUGCAAAUAGACUUUCUGAAAUAGCACAAUGGAAAAUUUUAUUGUUAGAAGCGGGUUAUCCGCCUGUGGAAGUUCACGAUAUGCCCAUCCUUGCUCCGGUUUUCCAGUUUACACCAUACAACUGGAAGAAUCUCAUGGAGAAACAAGACUACAUGAGUUUAGGCCUCGAAGAUCAAAGGAUGAGUUGGCCUAGAGGAAAAGGUAUUGGUGGAAGUUCUUUGAUCAAUUACAUGAUACAUGUCCGAGGUAAUCGAUUAGACUAUGACAAAUGGGCAGCCAUGGGUAACCCGGGAUGGUCAUACGAUGAUUUGCUUCCGUAUUUUAUGAAGUUAGAAGAAACCCGUACACGGCACCAAGAUUCACAAUAUCGAGGUCACGAAGGAUACGUUAAAGUAGAAGAUGUUCCAAUUCGAACCCGAUCCGCAGAAACGUUCAUAGAGGCUCUUCAGCAAAUGGGAUACAGUUACGUAGAUUACAAUGGUUACCAGCAAAUAGGUGUAUCAUAUGUUCAAGCAACUCUGCAAGACAGUAGAAGAUGCAGUGCUGAAAAGGCGUAUCUUAGAAAGGCACAAGAAAGGGGGAAUUUGAAGAUCAUUAAAAAAGCUCUUGUAACAAAAGUCAUUAUAAAUCCAAUUACAUUAGAAGCUGAAGGAGUUGAAUAUGAACGAGACGGAAUGUAUUAUACUGCUAAGGCCAGAAAGGAAGUAAUCCUUUCUGCUGGAGCAUUUCACUCACCACAACUGCUCAUGCUCUCCGGAAUCGGUCCAAGGUACCAUCUGAGCGAACUCGACAUCCCCGUCCUUAAAGAUCUUCCUGUGGGUCAAAAAAUGUACGACCAUCUGUCCUUCCCAGAAUUGGUAAUCACUUUGAACGAGUCAAUAGUAUUUAAGGCCAGUUCUUUUGGCAUCAACGAGUUCAAACAGUACUUCUCAAAUCAGCCAAGUCUAAUAAGCACUCUUGGAGGUGUGGAAGCUUUGGCGUAUCUAAAUCUAAACCUUACCAACCGUAAUCCUACUUAUCCAGACGUAGAACUAAUUUUUAUGGGAGGCGGAUUACACUCAGACUUCGGAUUAAUUACAAGAAAAACGUUUAGAAUUACAGACAGAAUGUAUAACAGAAUUUGGAAGCCCAUUGAGAACGAAAAUGCCUGCCAAAUAUUACCCAUGUUGGUACAUCCUAAAUCUUAUGGUUAUAUUAAGCUGAAAUCCAAGGAUCCUCAUGUUCAGCCCAAACUUUAUGGAAAUUAUUUAACAGAUGCGUACAAUGAAGAUGUGAGAACAUUUAUAGCGUCGAUCAGGGCCAUACAAGAAAUUAUCCAAACUCCGGCAUUUCAACGAUAUAACGCCCAAUUGUUGGAUACGCCUGUUCCAGGAUGUGAACUGUUUCGUUUUGAUUCUGAUCCCUAUUGGGAAUGUGCACUGCGUCACUUAGCAGUAACACUACAUCAUCAAGUAGCAACAUGUAAAAUGGGUCCAAAAUAUGAUCCCGAAGCGAUAGUGGACAGUUCGCUUAGAGUUUAUGGGAUUAAGAGACUUAGAGUUGCCGAUGCAAGUGUCAUCCCCCUACCCGUAACGGCUCACACCAACGUACCGGCUUAUAUGAUUGGAGAAAAAGCGUCAGAUAUAAUAAAACAAGAUUAUAUGUAUAGUCCAUAUCCAAAUUAUUGA